CUUUGCGCCCUGGCCUUGCAGGUGGGAAAUAUGUUCCCAGGGCUGUAUUAGUUGAUCUGGAGCCCGGGACGAUGGAUUCAGUCCGGUCAGGGCCUUUCGGACAGAUAUUCCGGCCGGAUAACUUUGUGUUCGGGCAGAGCGGCGCCGGCAACAACUGGGCCAAGGGCCACUACACCGAGGGGGCGGAGCUGGUGGACUCCGUGCUGGACGUGGUGAGGAAGGAGGCCGAGAGCUGUGACUGCCUCCAGGGCUUCCAGCUCACCCACUCCCUGGGCGGGGGCACGGGCUCGGGCAUGGGCACCCUGCUGAUCAGCAAGAUCCGCGAGGAGUACCCGGACCGCAUCAUGAACACCUUCAGCGUGGUGCCCUCGCCCAAGGUGUCCGACACGGUGGUGGAGCCCUACAACGCCACCCUGUCGGUGCACCAGCUGGUGGAGAACACGGACGAGACGUUCUGCAUCGACAACGAGGCCCUGUACGACAUUUGCUUCCGGACCCUCAAGCUGACCACCCCCACCUACGGCGACCUCAACCACCUGGUCUCCGCCACCAUGAGCGGCGUCACCACCUGCCUGCGCUUCCCGGGCCAGCUCAACGCCGACCUGCGCAAGCUGGCGGUCAACAUGGUGCCCUUCCCCCGGCUGCACUUCUUCAUGCCCGGCUUCGCCCCCCUCACCAGCCGCGGCAGCCAGCAGUACAGCUCGCUGACCGUGCCCGAGCUGACCCAGCAGAUGUUCGACGCCAAGAACAUGAUGGCCGCCUGCGACCCGCGCCACGGCCGCUACCUGACGGUGGCGGCCAUCUUCCGCGGCCGCAUGUCCAUGAAGGAGGUGGACGAGCAGAUGCUGAACGUCCAAAACAAGAACAGCAGCUACUUUGUGGAGUGGAUCCCCAACAACGUCAAGACGGCCGUGUGCGACAUCCCGCCCCGGGGCCUCAAGAUGUCCGCCACCUUCAUCGGCAACAGCACGGCCAUCCAGGAGCUCUUCAAGCGCAUCUCGGAGCAGUUCACCGCCAUGUUCCGCCGCAAGGCCUUCCUGCACUGGUACACGGGCGAGGGGAUGGACGAGAUGGAGUUCACCGAGGCUGAGAGCAACAUGAACGACCUGGUCUCCGAGUACCAGCAGUACCAGGACGCCACUGCCGAGGAGGAGGGAGAGUUUGAGGAGGAGGACGACGAGGAGGUGGCCUGAUUUUUCUUUCUUGUUUUUCCUUCCAUCCCUCCUCUCCGCCCUCCAGGCGGACCUCUGUCUGUCUUUAGUGUGUGCGUGUGUGCAUGACCACUCUCUCUCUCUCUCGUUCCCCGUGUCUCGCUCUGGUUCAGUGUCUCGGCACCCCCCCCCCCCCCCCAAUAAAACGAGAAUUUUGAUAGCA